GAAUGCUGUAAAUAAUAGUCGCGUAUACUCGAGCAGCAUAAUUUUAUGCAAUGUUAGCGCUGAUUUUGCUUUAAUGUCUGAACGUGCCUGGUUACCGCGUAAGUGUCGUUACCCAACACUAGGAAAAAACUGAAACUGGCUGCAGAAAAUUGUAAUCACAGGACAUAACUUUACUCGUUUCAAUGGACACGAACGCUAGCAGCAACAGCAGCAGCGGCAGCGGCAGCGGCAGCAACGAUGAGCAGCCCAACAAGACGCCAAACGAGGCAGAGACGGCUGCAACCUCUGUGCCUAUGGAUACGCUCGAUCCGCCGCUCAGCGGCAGCAACAACACCAACUCCAAGACGCUCAAACGCUGCCUCAGCGUGCCCAUAAUACGCACGCUGCCGGGCAAGCCGACGCCGAUGACGACGCGCGCCGCCGCAGCAGCUGCCGCGGCAGCCAAAGAGCAGACACCAAAGAAGAAGGAACAGCAGCCGCAGCAGCGGCCCGAGUCUAUUGUCAGCAGCAUCGGCUCCAAUUUCAGCCUCAACACGCUGGCAGGCAUCGAUUGCUUUGGCAAAAAUAUACACAUACGCUCGCAGCCCAGCUCGCGGGAAGUCUCGCCGGCGCCAGUUUUCAAUCCGUUUACGCCACGUGCACGUCGCUACUCGGCCAGCUACAGUCCGGCGCUGAACGGCGCCGGAGCGGGCUUGGGUGCAGCGCUGUGUGUUACGCCGCGCGUCUCACAGCUGCGGCAGGAGGAGUGCGCCGAUCUCAACAGCCGAGAGGUGAAUCACGAGCGUGAGGUGCAUCGCGAAAUUCAAAUCUCACAGAGCUGGGAGGAUCUAACACUGGUGGCGGAGAACUGGUCCUGCAAAUCAGACGAAUUCUCCAAUCCGCUGCAAGUGGUGCUGCCCAACGGCAGCAGCAACAGCACCAGCUGCUCCAGUCCCAGCCCCACAAGCAAUCGCGCCGGCAUGCGCCUGCCCUACUCACCCUCGCCGACACGUCGCACAUUCGCCACACGGCGCUCCAUGUCGCCCAUCGCAAUGCGACCCUCGUCUCUGGGCCCCGUCAAACGCAAAUUCGAGCUGGACGACAACAAUCCAGGCGUCAGCAACUGGAGCGUCUACUCGCCACCGCCGCCCAAGAAGAUCUUUACAGAUAGCCGUGGCUCAUCACCUGUAUGCCAAUCGCCUUCAUCCGUGUGUCCCAGUCCCGACUCGGGCACCUACGACGGACGCAUUACGCCCAAGCUCUUCAUAUCGAAACUGUGCACCAACAACAAUGCCGGCGGCAAUAAUAACAGCAGCAGCAGUGGCUGCCCCUCGCCGGUGUCUGCUUCACCCAGCAGCAUUCUACCUGGCAAUGGCCUGGAGGGCAUGUGCCUGACGAGCGGCAGUCAAAGUCAGAGCAUCGAUGAGGGCAUCUCCAUACCGGAAAGCGAGCCAAACACUUGUCGCAGUCGCACCUCUUCCAUAUUGUCGACAGCCUCGUCCAGCAGUGUGCUCGGCGGACCCCAGCUGCUGGUCAACGAUAUGGUUGAUGAUGCUACGCUAAUGGAUGAUGCCAAGAGCGAAACGUCAUCGAUUGGCGGAUGUUCCACAAUCAGCAUUGAAUCCUCCUCCUGCGACAGCGGCGCCAGGGCGGCGGCCACAUUUCUAAAUCGCCUGGCCGUUGAUGAUGGCGGCUCGCCGCUGGCCCAGAAGAGUUUCUACAUCAAUAAGCAGGGCUUUUCCGGGGCCAAGAAGUUCAUUGUUAACCACGAGAAACUGAGCACAUCUCUGGACCCCAGCAAGGCCAACAAGCAGGAUGUGCAGCAAAAGCUUUAAGCGAUUCCCCGCAUCGCAUUGUACAAUAGAUUAUAACCUGCAGCCGCGUAUGCCUUCUAUAAUUUGUAUAUGCUGCUGCGCCAUAGUUAUAUACGUAGCUCUAAUAAUGGCAUUAUUAAUCAAGCGUUAUUCUAACCCAACCAACACCCACCCAAUGUCCCGAGCUUUACUUAGUUUGCCUUAUCAUUAAGUACUGUACAUAAUUAAGUUGUUUAACGCCAGAUCUUGUAUACAUUGCAUAUCAUCUGUAUAACCUAGCCUCUCUUCUAUACCCUGUAAUUCUUUCUUUAUAAUUAGCAACAUGUGUUUUUAAUAUGUUUAUUGCGCGAUCCGAGUUGAUUUAACCGCUAACCCGAUAUCUUAUGUAUAUGUCUCAUUACCAAUGCCGUUUCUGUAGAUGACAUAUGAUACCUAUGAAAUAGUAACCACUUUUUUUUAUAUACAUAUAUAUUAAUAUAUAUAGAUUGCUAUAUUUAGCCCUAUUUACGGUACACCUAGUUGUUAGCCCGCUUAGAUAAUAGUACCAAUCCAAUUUUGCCAAAUAUGUUUCUUAUAUGUAUAUGUACGUAUGUAUAUGACACGUUUGAAAUUCGAUCGAUUUAAUACGGAUAUCUGCGCGUAUCCGACAUUAUAAAAUGUUUGUCUUACGAUCCAGUCGAGCAUCGUAUGCGAAUUUAAAUAUUUAGCUUCAAGAUGUUAUUUUCAAAUGAACACAAAAACAUAAUAAACAAGUUUUUUUCAAUAGAUU